AGUUGCAAACGAAACAUCGUAAGGGGAAGUGUCGCCGGUCCCCGCAAACGUUACUACUUUUUUCGAAGUUCUUAACACAGUUUUUGUUAUAAAGUUUUGCUACGAAGUUUUAUGUAUCCAGUCUUUUAUCCUGCCGAAGUAAAAGGUUAAGAGACAGCGCUCGGCAGUGUCGUUUAUUGAGUUUAUACGUUGGUUGUGUUUUUUUUGUUAUUGUUGAGUUUUUUGUUUGGUGCAUCGUGCCGGUCCGGAGACCGACGGUCCCAGAGAGGCUCCAAGCCUGGACGCGCGGUUAACAGACCCCAAAGGACAAAGCCUUUAGGGCGUGUAGUCGUGGUGGUCGGCGAGCGGUUCCCGCUCCAACCGUCAAGCUGGCAGCGAGUGCGCUAAGCAUGAACCCGCACUACCACGGGUACGCGGAGCUCAGCUCACCUCACCCGCCCUCGCCGGAGGCGGCCUUCGCCAAUGGUCACGACUACCCGCAUAAUAAUAACAACCCGGCAUUAAAGGAGUGUGCGGGAUGCGGUGGCAAGAUCGUCGAAAGGUUCCUACUUCACGCACUGGACCGGUACUGGCACCACGGUUGCCUGAAGUGUACCUGCUGCGGGCAAGCGUUGGCGGACAUGGGUCGAUCCUUCUACUUCAAAGGAGGCAUGAUCCUAUGCAAAAGCGAUUACACGAGAAUGUUCGGUUCAGGCGGUGCGUGUGCAGCGUGCGGUCAAGCCAUCCCCGCGAGCGAAUUUGUCAUGAGAACGAAUUCACCGCAGCAGCCACUACACGUCUUCCACAUAAAGUGUUUCGCCUGCUCCAAAUGUGGUUCACACCUAAUGCAGGGUGAUAGGUAUUACAUGCUCGCGGGGUCACUAGUCUGCGAGCAGGACUGGCAAAAAUUAAUGAAGAGUGCGAACGCGGGGGCGGGCCCCACCGCGCCCGUACGUAAGGGCAAAGUGGGGCGCCCGCGCCGAUCGCGGGAAUGAGCGCCGGGCCCCGUGCCCGCGCAACCUCGCUCGCAUCGGGACUUUGAGGAGGUAGGAACCUUUAUUUGUUCAAUACCGAAGAAAAUUAAAUUCAUAAUGUUAUUCUAAGGAUCCGUACAUAUGGUGAUAUUUAAAUCCAGUAAACAUUGAUUUACCGUUAGUUUUCCGACAUUUUCUAUACAAAAAAUCGUAUUGAAUUAUACCUACAAAAUAUUAAUAAUUAAUAACCAUUAUCAUCAUUAAGUACCUACGUGAAUGAAAUCCGUAUUAUGUCACCAUAGAGAUUUCAAAAAAGUCAUCCUAUUAUUAUGCCAUUUAUACAUCAGUCCAAAAUUAAGACAGAUGUCGCCGAACUUCCACUUUUGCAGUUACUUAAAAAUCUAUUAUAAUAUAAAAUGCGCUUGCUAUAAACGUUUUCUUACUAAAAAAAUGCAUGUAAGUCGACCAGUCUGAUAUGACUAGAGCAAAAUAAUCUUUUUUAUAACUGUUUUCGUGUCUACACUGCUUCCAGGUUAAUAUUAGCACUCAGAUAAGAAUAUUGGCAAUAAAUUACGUUUCGAUUGAAUGAAUGAAUGAAUGAUAAUUUUAUUACCAAUAAUCACAGCACAACAUGCUAAAUAUACACUGACAU